GUAUGUAACUCAGAACAAUUACAGUUAGUUCGUUUUAACUCGCGUUGUCGUUAUAAAAAUAAAACGCGCUCAGUUUUUGCGCGGCAAAAAUGUAUCAAGAUACGGAAAAUGCUAUGUCAAAAGUUAAUAAAUUUGAAACUUCGAUUUCGGAGUUGAAAAAGAAAUCAUUUGUGACUGCCGCUGAUUUGGAGAGCUUUUCGGACAAUGACCUAACACCAGAAUACUUAGAGGCUUACCGAAGCUCCCUUGAGAACCCUGAGGCGUUUUGGAGUGAAGUUGGCAAGGAGUUAGAAUGGACCCGACCAUGGGAUCAAGUACUAGAUGAUAGUAAUCCACCUUUCACCAAAUGGUUUGUAGGUGGUGAGAUGUCAGUAUGCUACAACGCAGUCGACCGUCAUGUAGUCCAAGGUCGCGGAGAUCAGGUCGCGUUGGUGCAUGACUCGCCUCUUACGGAUACAGUCAAGAGAAUAACUUACUCUGAGCUGCAGGAUCAGGUAUCUCGCCUGGCAAGCAAAUUGACUUCACUAGGUGUGACCCGUGGCUCUCGCGUUGUAAUCUACAUGCCUCUUAUCCCAGAAGCAGUUAUAGCAAUGCUGGCCACCAACAGAGUUGGUGCUAUACAUUCUGUCGUAUUUGGGGGUUUCGCCGCAAGAGAAUUGAGAACUAGAAUAGAACACGCAGAGCCCACUGUUAUUAUUGCCGCCAGCUGUGGAGUUGAGCCAAAUAAGAUUGUCAGGUAUAAAGACAUAUUAGACGAAGCUUUGUGCCAAAGUUCGCACCAGCCGCGUAAUUGCAUCAUUUACCAACGCCGCAGAGUUCUCGAGUGUCACUUGGAGAAGAAUAGAGAUAUAUGCUGGGACGAAGCGAUGGAAAGUGAACCUGUGCCUUGUAUUUCAUUAGAAGCCAAUGAGCCGCUUUACAUUUUGUAUACUUCAGGUACCACGGACUCUCCAAAAGGUCUUCAAAGACCCUGUGGACAUGCAGCAACAGUUUGCUGGUCGAUGCGUUCCAUAUAUGGCCUUAAACGUGGAGUAUGGUGGGCGGCAUCAGACCUUGGCUGGGUGGUGGGACAUUCCUACAUCUGCUAUGGACCAUUAUUAGCUGGUCUUACCUCUGUGCUGUACGAAGGGAAGCCUGAUAGAACACCUGAUCCUGGGCAGUACUUUAGGAUAAUCGAACAACAUCGUGUGAACGCAUUGUUCACAAUACCAACAGUAUGCAGAGUACUUAAACGGGCUGACUCUUGUGGAAAAUACGCGAGACGGUACUGCAUCAAAACAUUGAAGAGUGUUUUCGUGGCAGGAGAACAUUGUGACCAGGAAACAAGGCAUUGGGCGGAAAGAACUUUCGGAGUGCCCGUGUUAAAUCAUUGGUGGCAAUCGGAAUCUGGGUCUCCCAUCACUGCAGCUUGUCUGGGUUUUGGAGUGAAGAGUAUACGACCACAUUCCGCUGGGUAUCCUGUGCCCGGUUAUGAUUUAAGAGUUUUAAGAGAAGAGGGUACCGAAUGUCAGUCUGGUGAAGUGGGCCGUCUCGUCGCAAAGUUACCUCUACCACCUGGCUUCUCUUCUACUUUAUGGAACGCUGACGACAGAUUUAAGAAAGUCUACUUCGACAAAUAUCCAGGCUUCUAUGACACACAAGACGUGGGCUGGAUCAGCCCUGAAGGUGCGGUUUGGGUUGUAGCAAGAGCCGAUGACGUCAUCAAUGUGGCUGGCCACAGAUUAUCAACGGCGGCUAUAGAAGAUGUCGUAUUAAAACACGCGAGAGUAGCUGAUGCUAUGGUUGUGGGAGCUCCAGACUUGACUAAAGGCGAUGUCCCUCUAUGCUUGUAUGUAAUGAGACCUCCGCAAGAUGACGAAGAAAUUGUCUCCGAGGAAACAGUAACGCAAGAGCUGAUAGCAUUAGUUCGUCAUCUAAUCGGUCCAAUAGCCGCUUUUAGAAAGGCCAUCGCCGUACCCGCGUUACCUCGAACUCGAUCAGGCAAGGCUCUCAGGGGCGCUGUGGCCAAAUUAGCCCGGUCCCAACAAAUAAAACUUCCCGCAACUAUAGAAGAUGCCACCGUUUUCCCAGAAAUAAAACUUGCAUUACAAAAAUGCGGGUAUGCCAUUGACGCCCCUGAUCCAGAGGCAAAUUGAGCAAUUGAAUUAUUUUAGAUAUACAUAUUUCUAGUACAAAAUGUAGCGAUUAAACUAUAAUUUGACCGAUGUAUAAAAAUAUAUUUUAAUCCUGUUCAUUUGAUAAAAGGACCUUUUUAAUAAUAGACCUAUUGUAAUGUCAAAUAAAAUCUCAUCAAAAGAGUGUAUUGUCUAAAAAUAUUAUAGACUCAAUGUGACCUUUUAUUUAAAAAAAAAAGGUCACAUUGAGUCUAUAAUACGAACGAUUUAUGUUUCCAUUGUUUAAGUCAAUUUGUUUAUACUUCGAUAUACAUUCAUUCAUCAUACAUGUAUUCGCCGAACUUUCAUUCAAAAACCUAAAAAAAAGAAAGACCGAAAUCGCCUAUAAUUAUUUAUAUUUUUUAAUUUAUUUAUAUUUACGAUAUAUUUCAUUUAGGCCUCUAUUAUGGUAUAGUAAAGUAUUUAUUAGUUUUCAAUUAUGUACCUAUAAUCGGCAAGCAUCGAAGUUAAAUCUAAUGCCUGGUUAGUACUAGAUAUGAUUAAACGGUACCUACAUAUUUGCAAGUCGUGAACUUGCACGAAUUGAAGACCGUGAAUUUUUAUAUCAUAGAAAAUUAUGGAUUGUACCUAUAGAGGAUUUUAUACAUAUUUUAUUAAUAUAAGUACGUAAAGAACUUAAUAAAUUAAUGAUGUUUUUUCCUUUACGUAACUUAAGAUCUUUUUAUAAUGCUGGAACAUUUUGGUAUGACUUUUUAAUGUUAGAUAAAUUUAUUAUUAUAAAAUAACAAAAUUUUCAAUAUUAAAUCUUGUAUUUUCUACAUUCGGUUUAUGCUCCGGUAAAUACCUAUUUCUAUAAGUUAUUUAUUUUAUGUUGAAUGUAAAUAUGUAAUGGCGUUGUUUUUUUUAAAUUGUAUAAGUGGAUAAUAGAAAUAUAAGGCUGAAUGUGUUCUUUUAUUUCGCAACGAUGUAUCCACAUAAAACAAAGAAACCCUGAUUUGUUAUC